CGGAACGUUUUAAUGGUGAUGUUUUCACUCUACCCGGAUCAGAAUGUGGUGACGGAGCGGCGCGCUGCACUAUGGCGUUCAAUCUGGGCGGUGGGAGCACAGGAACCACUGGAUUUUCUUUUGGUUCUUUUUGUGCAAAAACCACAGCACAGCCCAGUUUUGGUUUUGGAACUACCACCACAACAGCUUCCUCAGGAUUUGGAGGUUUUGGCCCAUUUGGAACCACCAACACUACCACAAGUGGACAAACAGCAGGAUUUCCUUUUGGAGCAUCUACAGGUGGUUUUGGAGGGUUUGGUACAACUACGACAGCUGCUCCUGCAUUCAAUUUCUCAACAACACCUGCCAAUACAGGGGUAACAGGUCUUUUCCAGAAUACACAGAAUAAAGGCUUUGGUUUUGGUGGUGGAUUUGGCGCGGGUACUGCCACAGGCCUAACAACCGGCUUAGUACCUGGUUCCACAUUUGGAGGAUUUGGUGCCUUCGGUACUCAGCAGCAACAGCAAACUGGAGGGCUUUUUGGACAGGCAUUACAGCCUCAGACACAGUCAGCUCAGCUGAUCAACACAGCAAGUGCCCUUUCUGCACCGACUCUACUGGGAGAUGAGCGAGAUGCUAUAUUGGCCAAGUGGAACCAGCUACAGGCGUUCUGGGGAACAGGAAAAGGCUACUUCCACAAUCACUUGGCUCCCGUCGAGUUCACUCAAGAAAACCCUUUCUGUCGGUUUAAGACUGUUGGUUUCAGCUGCAUACCCAGUAAUAAGGAUGAGGAUGGUCUGGUAGCUUUGGCUUUUAACAAAAAAGAGGCAGACAUUCGAAACCAGCAGCAGCUGAUUGUGGAAUCAUUGCACAAAAUUCUUGGAGGGUUGCAGCAAAUCAUGGUGAAUGUUGAAGGAAUCCGAGCACUUCCAGAUGAUCAAACAGAAAUGGUGAUCUAUGUUGUUGAACGUUUUCCAAAUGGGAAUUCCAGAAGAGUUUCAGCGACAAACCUCUACAGUUCACUGGAACAAGCUAAUGUGAAGAAUAAUCUGAUGCAGUUAGGGGUGAUUGUUGCCCUGCCCAGGACAGAACUUUCUCCAGCCCAGAUGAAACAACUGCUUCAGAACCCUCCUGCUGGUGUUGAUCCAAUAAUUUGGGAGCAGGCUAAAGUUGACAAUCCUGAUCCUGAAAAGCUGAUACCAGUGCCCAUGGUUGGUUUUAAGGAAUUGCUGAGGAGGCUUAAGUUCCAGGAACAGAUGACAAAACAGCAUCAAAGCAGACUGGAUAUUAUAUCUGAAGAUGUAAAUGAAUUGCAGAAGAACCAAGCCACAACUGUAGCAAAAAUAGCUCAGUACAAGAGAAAAUUGAUGGACCAAGCUCAUAAAGUCUUGCAGGUGUUAAUAAAACAGGAGAUCCAGAGGAAAGCUGGUUAUGCGAUUCAGGCAGAAGAAGAGCAGCUUCUUGUUCAGUUAGAUACUAUCCAGAGUGAACUAAAUGCACCAACCCAGUUUAAGGGCCGUCUGAACGAACUGAUGUCUCAGAUAAGAAUGCAGAAUCAUGUUGGAGCUGUCAGAUCAGAGGAGAGAUACAGUGUUGAUGGGGAUCUCUUGGGAGAAAUCAAGCAGCACCUGAAGUUGCAGCAGGAAGGGCUGAGUCAUUUGAUCAGUGUUUUGAAGGAAGAUUUGGAGGAUGUGAAGCUAAUUGAGCAGGGCCUCAAUGAGAGUGUUCAUAUUCGCCGUGACCUUUUCAGUUGAUGGCUUUCCUGUAAUAUCGCUGUAGUUAAGAAGGGUAUUUUUCUCCCUGUCCAAACUUAAUUUUUGGUUCAUCCCACCUGCACAAAAGUUAUAAUUUAUAAAAAUGGAGAUGCUAUAACUUUGGUGUCGGGUUGAGAAAGAAAUGUCAUUGCCAUUCUUCAUUAAAUGCUGCGGUCACCUCAGAAAAGUCUGUAACUUUGGGGAUUCUCUUAUUUACCCUUAAAGCAGCCAGUUACAAAAUUUUGCAAUAGAGAUUAAGUGACUGACAACUGACUUUGCUUAGCACGUCUAAAGGCAUAGCUGAGAAACUACUAUGUGCAAAUUAGGGGAUGAAUGUUCAAAAUUGUGGGAUUUUCUUCAGUCUGCUGUUUUAACGUAGACUUUAACCUGUUUAAAGUGCAUUGGGUGUUUAUCCGCUAAUACUGCAAAUAGUAAUUUCUGGAUUCAUAUCUUAAUUUUUCUUUACCAUAUUUUUUUAAAGUGUAUAAAUAUGUUGAUUUUCCUGUUCUAUGCAAUAGGUUGGGACAGAUUUUUUUAAAAUGCUGCUAAUAAUCAGACUUGCAUUGAACAGGAAUGGCUAUACCGGUACUGACUAAGUCAGGAACAAAUUGGGAUUUGUUUAUAUUUUUAAAAAAGCAUGCAUUUGGAGUUCUGCUUAAUUUGGAUGAGUGUGUGUUUGACUGUUCUGAGUACUUUGAGCAGUUUGUACAGCUUGAAAAUCUGACCUUGAUGUGUCAUGAAUGUGGAAAAUUUGAAGAUUACUUUAUUGGACUUAAGAGCCCUGGAGACUGGAAUGGUGAAUUGAUAAUUAAUGUUACGAAGACCAGAGAAGCACAAGUGCUAGAUAUACAACCCCACUUUAUUUCUUUUUAAAACUUAUACAAGCAUAUUUAUAGUAUUAUUACAAGGAGCAUCACAGAUUGGCUUUGUUCUUGGGAGUUGACAUUUUAAAAGUGCUACUCAUGAUAUUUCUCAUGUUAAAGUAUGCAGCUCCUUUUCUAUCCAGCAGGGGGUUCAGGUUAAUGGCUGUCAUGUUUACACAUUAUUCCCCUAAAUCAUUUGUACUUGAUAAUGGUCUCUUUGAAAUAUACAUCAAUACAAUAUCGUAGUGCUGGAGUGCCAAUUGUGAGCCAUUGGCCAGAGAAAGGUCAGGCCAGACAUGGAUCUCUAUUGAAAAACUACUUUGUGUGUUAAAUGUUUGUAAUAAUUAUGCAAAGAGGAAAUAAAUUCUAAAUAAACAAUUUGCUUUAAUAACCA